AUGGAGACCUGGAGCUUUCUCGGCAUCCUCUGCGGGGGUCGACGGUCGGCCGGCGGCGAGCUGUGGCUGUGCGCGGCGCUCCUCGCCGCCACACUGGCGGGCACGGGCCGAGCCUCGUCCAGCACGAGGCUGCUGCUGGGGCUUCAUGCCCCCCGAAACAUGUCCUACCCCUUCAGCGCCCUCAGGCUGGGCUCGGCCAUUCAGGUAGCCCUGGAUAAGAUCAACUCCAACAACAUCCUGGGCAACCACACCGUGGACUUUGUGUAUGCCGACACCGAAUGUGAUGCCAAGUCUUCCCUCGCCGCCUUUAUCGACCAGGUGUGGAAGGAGAACAUCUCGGCCAUCUUCGGCCCCAUCUGCCCUGAGGCAGCUGAGGUUACUGGUCUCAUGGCUUCUAAAUGGAACAUCCCAAUGUUUGGCUUUGUGGGAACAACACCAAAGCUGGAAAAUUUAGCUGUUUACGACUCCUAUGUAAAGCUAAUUCCCCCUGUCAAAAGAAUAGGAGAGGUGAUGAUUAAAAUACUGGACUUUUUUGGGUGGAAACACGUUGCCUUGAUUGGAGGGGGUGGCGAUUUUAACACAUGGGACAACAUUGAUGAGGCCUGGAGGGUUUUGGAAGCCCAACUCAGGAUCCGGUUCACCAUAACUGCCAGCAUCAAAUUUGACACCAGCCAGCCUGACCUAGUCCAUAAGAACAUUGCACACGCCUCAAAAUCUGCAAGAAUCAUCAUCAUAAUUUGCAAUGCGUUGGAUGCCGUCGUGCUGAUGUUGGAGGCUGAGAAACAGCACCUACUGGAUGGAGAGUAUGUGUUUUUCAUUGUUCAGCAAUUUGAGGAUAAUUACUUCAAGAAUAUGCUCAAUAACAAGGCUAAUCAGACCACCCUGAGAGCCUUCAGCCAAUCAACGUUUGUGAUUGCCCAGAAAGUCUAUGAUGGGUAUGAAUACUAUGACUUCAACGAGAAAGUCUAUGAGAGGCUGAUCAAAGCCCCAUUCUACAGCAACUUGUCAUCAGAGAGAGAGGUGAGCCCCUAUGCGGCCUACCUACAUGACGCUGUGCUCCUUUACGCCAUGGGCCUACAAGAGCUGUUGAAAGCCGGCCAAAGUGUCAUAAGUCGACCGGAGCUGCUGCAAAAGCUAAGAGACAAGAGCAGCUUCAGAUUCUAUGGAGCGACAGGGCUGGUGCACUUUGAUGAAGAAGGAGAAAGGAACAUCGACUACUCUGUGUAUAACCUCCAGGUCACCGAUGGCAUGCCCAAAUUCGUCUCUGUGCUGACAUUUGAUAGUCACACUAAAACAGUGAGGCCGACUGCUCUGUAUCACUUUGUGGCGUGGCCGAAAGGGGGGCCCCCGAAGGACAAGCCAAACUGCGGAUUUGACAACGAGCUCUGUGAAUGGGUCUACCAGGAUGUGACUUUUGUCAUCCUGUUGGUGGCGCUGCCCUUGCUGAUGCUAUCUGCCCUCGCUUUCAUCACCUUCCUCACCUGUCAGAAGCUCCGGCUGCAAGACCGGCUCGAUGACGCCAACUGGUGGCGAAUAAACUACAAUGACAUCGUCAUCAUUAACGAGCGAAAGGGAACGCACACUAUGUCUCAUAGCACAGGUGGCAGUACCUACAGGAGCCGAAGCAGUGGCUCCCAGACUAUUGCUUCCAGCCACAGCUAUGGCUUGAAAGACAACACGGGCCGUGAACAGAUCUACUCCACCGUUGGCCUCUACCAGGGAAAUCAUGUUUCCAUCAAGUACAUCGAACGACAGGUUCUCAGCGACAUCAAGAAACCAUCGAUUCUUCAAGAAUUUCAAGUGAUGCGAGAACUGAAGCAUGAGAAUUUAGUGCAAUUUUUUGGAGUUUGCAUUGAGCCACCAAAUAUAUGUGUUAUCACACAGUACUGCAAGAGAGGAAGUUUAAAGGAUGUGUUACGAAACUCUGACAUAGAUCUGGACUGGAUGUUCAAACUGUCCUUCGCUUUUGACAUUGUCAACGGCAUGGAAUUUCUUCACAAGAGUAACCUGAAGUCCCACGGCAAUCUAAAGCCUACCACAUGCCUGGUGGACAGCCGCAUGCAGGUCAAGAUCUCCGGAUUCGGCCUGUGUGAAUUCCGUUACGGAACCAAACACAAAGUAUUUGAUCUGGAUCCAAAAUAUGAAGACAUGUACUGGACUGCCCCGGAGUUGUUGAGACAAACGUUUCUCUUGUUCAACGGCACUCCCAAGGCCGACAUCUUCAGCUUUGGCAUUAUAAUGCGAGAACUCAUUUACAACUGUGAAAUUGGUCCAUACCAUGAUGUCGACAUGGAACCCAAAGAUAUUAUUGAGCGGCUCAGGAACCCCGCCCUGGGCGAGCCGCUCCGCCCCUCCCUGUCCACCCAGCUGUGUAACGAGGGCCUCAUCACCCUGCUGAAGGACUGCUGGUCCGAGAACCCCGAUUACAGACCCCCCUUCAGCACCAUCAAGCGGCGUCUACGUGAAGCCUGCCCGGACAGUCAUGUUAAUAUACUUGACAACAUGGUGAACAAGUUGGAGAAAUAUGCAAAUCACUUGGAGGAAGUGGUGGAGGAAAGAACCAAUCAGCUGACAAUAGAAAAAAACAGAGCAGACAGGCUUCUCUCCAGUAUGUUGCCAAGCUACAUCGCGGAGCAGCUGAUGGCUGGGAAGUCUGUGGAGCCCAAGGGUUACGAGCUGGUGACCAUCUUCUUCUCCGACAUCGUGGGCUUUACCACCAUGUGCAGCAUAAGCUCUGCCCUGGAGGUGGUCUCUCUCCUCAACGACCUCUACAGCCUUUUCGACGAGAUCAUCAAGCUGUACGACGUCUACAAGGUGGAGACCAUUGGUGAUGCCUACAUGGUCGCCAGCGGCCUGCCCAUAAGCAAUGGCAUCAAGCACGCAGAUGAAAUCUCUACCAUGGCACUGCAUUUCCUCUAUGCCAUCUCCUUGUUCAAAAUACAGCACCUGCCCAACGAGAAGCUGAAACUUCGCAUCGGGAUAAACUCAGGCCCAGUGGUCGCUGGAGUGGUGGGCACCACCAUGCCCAGGUACUGCCUUUUCGGCGACACCGUGAACAUGGCGUCCAGGAUGGAGAGCAACAGCUUGCCUUUGAAGAUCCAUAUUUCCCAGAGCACAGCAGACAUUCUGAGACAGAUAGGCACUUUUGAAAUGGAAGAGAGGGGCGAUAUCGAAAUAAAGGGAAAAGGACUCCAAAAGACCUUCUGGCUGAAGAGUAAAGUGGGCUUUAAGCCAUCGCUUGUGGAACCAAGCUCACCUGCUCAUCUACUGCCCAAAGUAGAGGAGAAGAAAAGGCUUGUGGCUGUCAGCACAUCCAGAGCAAUCGACAGUGAGCAAUGUAAGGGACUGAGGAUGUCCACAGCUGCAGUCAAUGACAUCAGACGACCUCCAGUGAUACUAUAGACUUCUGCUGUGUCAAGCCUCAGUUCCCACCGUCAAAGCCAUCAAUUCCUGACACCCCCUGAAACAAGCCAUUUUAAAACCCCUGAAGCAAGCCAUUUUAAAACCCCUGAAGCAAGCCUUUUUAAACCCCCUGAAACAAG